AUGAGGCCCUUGAUGCGUGUCCACGGGGAAAACAUAACGCAGAGGUGGGGAGUUGUACAAAAGUUUCUGUUUGGCAUUGUCGGCGCUCUGGUUGGCACUCAGCUAAUGGAUAAGGCGUGGGAAUCUAUAGAUUGGGCGAAGUUUUGGGCUAGUGUUAAGAGAGCGUUGGGGAAGUUUCCGACAACCUUUGCACGCUUCGCUGGCUUGAAGAUAUCUCGAACUUCAGUCACCAUGCUCAAGAAGCUGAAGGAAAAGAUAAAGGGGGAUGAACAUGCGGCAGAGUCAUCCCAGUCGAAUAAUCAGUACUAUCAGCAGUCCCAAGAGCAACAGCAUAAUGCCCUCCCUACACAAAAGUACCAGGCGCCUUCUAACCCACCACCGUACUACGAUGCAUCUUCGUCAUCCAGGCCAGCGUAUACGGCCCCUUCAGGUCCACCGCCAGAUCAUACUUCAGGAUACAAUGCGCCCCCCGGGCCACCUCCAAACAAGUCAUCCGAGUACGUACCACCACCAGGUCCACCCCCAUCUUAUCCAUCGCAACCACCCCCAAGCUGGGAUCCUCCGCCAUACCACGACUGGACCGUCAUCCCUGAUACCGCACUCUUACCCCCUCCUCCUUCCAUGGGCUAUGACACUUCUCCCACCGCGAACGCAUCUGCAGAAGACGGCGAUCGAGCGUUGGCAUGGACGAACAUGAAUCCACUAUGGCCACCGCAAAAUCUGCAACCAUCAACACACGCCGCCAUUCAAAACGCCCAGCUCGCCCUCCUAAAACCACCCUCUUACCUCGGAGACCUACUACCCCAGCCCCAAGCAGGCCAUUGGCGCUGCCGCACCCACGCCAAAUGCAAAGACUCCAGCAUCCUCACCAAUCUCCCCGUGUACUCUGUACUCUGGGACUCGCCGCUCACCACGCAACGCCCAAAGACCAUUUACUUUGAGCUCAAAAUCAUAGGCAUCGGCCGCGGCGGCUCCUCGCUCGAAGAAGCAGACGCUGGUAUCGCCAUCGGUUUCGUGGCGCCACCGUAUCCCACAUUCCGGCUCCCGGGCUGGGAGCGCGCUAGUCUAGGCGUGCAUGGCGAUGAUGGGAGAAAGUAUGUGAAUGAUCCGUGGGGUGGGGUCGACUUUACUACUGCUUUCAAGCCUGGUGAGGUUGUGGGAAUCGGCAUGACUUUUUCUGUGCCGAAAAAUCCGCCUUUGUAUGAGCAGGUGCAGCAGGGGAGGAUUUUGGAUAUCGAUGUCUUCUUCACACGGAAUGGGAAGAGGGAGGGUGGCUGGGAUGGCAAUGAGGAGCUUGAUGUUAGGAGUGAGGGGGGGAACGUUGGCUUGCGAGGAGAGUGCGAUUUGUUUCCAGCAGUUGGUGUUUUUGGGGGCGUGGAUUUUGAUGUUUUGUUUCAUCCUUCGCAGUGGAUGUUUAGGCCUUGCUAG